GUGUGUGUGUCUCCUCUUCCUGAGCAAAGUGCAAAGUCAGCACAGCACCAACCCCUCUCUCCCUCACCUUAGCCUCUCUCCUUUAAAUCAUCCAAGCUAUUUCAUAAGCAAUUUCCCCUACCUAGCUAGCUGCUUCCUAUGCUAUUAUACUACACCAUGCAUGCACAUGCCUCUUCCCUCUCCUCCAUUCAAUUUUUUUUUCUUUAAUUUCCAUCCCUGAUCACCAUCUCUCUCUCUCUCAGAGCUAGAUCUUGUGUCACUAGAUUUUAGUUCUGAUCAUGGAGGACAUGAUCAGCUUCCAUGAUCCAGAACUGCAGGGAGAGAGUUUCUCCCUGAUCACCUGCCAAGACUUCAACUCUCCUACCUACCUCGGUGUCUUCUUUGACGACUCCGACGAUGACUGUGACGAGGACGACGACGAUGAUUCUUACAUCGAAAUCUCUCUUGAGCGCCGUCCUUGCUCCGACGAUGUUGAAGAUGACGAUUUGGAGUUUCGCAUCUCCUUUUCGUCCUCCUGCCUCUUCCCGGAACUCCACGGCCGAGGUUUGGCACGGGAGCUGUUUCUUAUGCCUCCCAAAACCCUAGAAACCAUCGUCCGCCCCGACACCGAUCAAACUGAGAGCUUUUCUUCGUUGCCAUCGCCGCCUCGAAUCACAUCAAGCACUCCUUCCACACAAAAUACUAUUUUUUUGCCUUCGGAAUCUCAUGAGCUUUCACACAAUCCUUCCAAAACUACUAUUGCUAAAAGUGAUAGCAAUAACAACAACAGCAACAGCAAUAAAGCGGAGGAGAUGAUGCAAUCCUCAUCAAGCACGAGGGCAUAUUCAUCGGAGGAGGGGAUCGGCAACGAGACCCGAGAUAGUACAUGUUCUUCCCAUCAAAGUCCCCAAUCGACAAUCCAAAACGAAAUCCAUAAUAACCAAGAGUUGCCGCGGAGCAGGAAAGUGACAAAGGUAACAGCUGCAAUAAAUGGAGGACUCAUGAAGUUCUUCAUGAAGUUCAAAUCCAUGAAGAUAAAAUCAAUGCUGGCAUCCUACAUGAAGUCCAGAGAGCCUCUCUGCCCUGAUCAUCAACAUAGAGACACCCACCACAGGGACUACAGAAGAGUAAUCCCCAAGUCCUUCAACAGGCUGCAGUCAGUGCCUGGAACAGGGUCGACCCGAACUGGCGUCGACCUCGACACGUGUCUCGGAAGCAGUAACAGUUGUAGCACAGCCAUUGCAGGAGGCAGCUGCAGUGACCAGAAAUCAUCAAGAGUGCUGGAGGUGAACUUGGACACCAUAAGAGGAGUGUUGGAAGCCAUGAGCAUAAGUCUCAAUAACAUUUCUCGCAGAGAGUAUCAAAACCAUAACAGUGUUAAUAGUAAGUUUGCCACCAGGAGCUGCCCAAGUUCUAUCAAGUGCUCACCAAUUCACAGAGGGGUGAGGCCUGCAAGUCAUCAUCAUCAUCAUCAGAGCAAUGGCAAGAUUUACACGAUUAAAGAGAAUUCAGUUGAGGCUGCCAUUGCUUACUGCAAGAGGUCUCUUGCCCAAAGUACUCCUCCUGAUUUUUGUUUCCAUUUUGAAUGAAUUAAUGAUUGUAUAUUUAUAUAUUUAAUAAAUUAAUCAUAAGGAGGAUGGAGUUUUUAUGCUUCAA